AUGUCCGAACAUCAAAAGGAGCAAACUCCAGACACAUCACCUUUAAGAGGACACAGCACCUUUGAGAACUGCGUCCGACCCGAAGUCCACGCGCCGGAACUCGGACCAGGAGCCAGAGGACCCCAGCGCAGAAUCCGCGGAGACGCACGGCUUCGUCGACCGCGCUCCCAGGUGGCGUUCCAGCCCAGAUCCGGCCACGAAGACACCGGCGACCUCGGCCUGGGUUUCCUGUUCGAUGAGCUCCAGAAAGAAGACGAUGCGAAGGAUAUAGAGACUUCAGUGAUUGAAGCUGGAGGAGACGAUGAGAAGAAAAUACGGACCAAACCCGAGCAGGGAGCAGGAGCAGGAAAAGAAAGUCACGUGUACGCGGGAGCUGCGGACCCCAUGAUCCACGAGAACCAGAAGGGCGGUGGUGGCCACCAGGAGCCCUGGCAGCAGCAGCCUGAGGAGUUGGCCCAGGACUCCUCCCCUGAGGAUCCGCAACCCCAAGAUCAGGAGCGUCUAUUCAGCCCCAGCGCAAAGCAACUGGCAAUAUGCAUGGAUGUGAGUGAAGCCGAAGUGGAAGCCAGUAAGCCUGAUGAAAGCAAUUGGGCCGAUGGGAAAUUGAAAGUACCUGUGACUGGUACUUUUUGCAACCGUUUGGACCUUUGCCCUCUGAUUGGUUGUGACAAGCAACCAAUCAGAAUGAUUGCAGGCUACCACUUCCUUUACAUGAGGUGGACACCAAGUGGCCAGUGGGAAACCUCUAGGGGGUACUUGGACCUGAGAAGAUUCUGUAUCUGGGGCCUUGAAUGCUGA